AUGGCGCACCGGCUGAACUGGCAAAUGCCUGAGCUGGAACUACUCAACAGCCUGUUCUCUCCGCCGCUCACCAAGAGCAUUCUUUCAAUGAAGGUAUACAGAGAAGAGCGAAGCUUCUACUGGGUGGUCAAAGAAUGCGCACAGAGGCUAUCGAAGACCAACCUUGACCUCACCUCACCAACCUCUGUACAGCACCUUUUGUCUGUCAUGGAGCCGAUCCUCAGUCGCACCGCAAAGGAACAGAUUGCGGAUAACAUCGCUUACUUCAACUACAUCUGUGAGAGCGAUUUGGCCGAAGCUCAUCUCAGUGAGGUUACUUUUGGUCAGUGGCUCCUUCACUUUGUCGAGACGGUCAUCACAUCCACGCACACACAACCACCGACCUCCAUAACCUCAUCGACAACGUAUGCAUCCACUGGACACUCGACUGCACGCUUAACCCCUCCUCCCACGCACGCUCAACCCAUCCCCGGCUUCGAUGGCGCGGAUGAGCACACACAGAAACCGAAAGUUACUCAGGUAACUUUGAGGGGAGCUAGUAUAUUGUCGGCUUGGAGGAAUAACGAAACUGUCGUUGAUCCCCGUUACAACGCAACUUUGAGGAAGUUGGAAGAAAUCUUUGGCCUGGCAAAAAAUGCCAAACCUGACGAGUCUGGCGGGCCCAACGUGUUCCACGGUACCACCGCACAUUUCAAAGAAGGGGCCCAACAAUGGCCAGACAGUUGGGAUAACUCGGCUCUCAACCUGCAUUCUGCGAGUAAUGGAUGUCAAAUGAAUCCUCCCGGUGUUGGAGUAGCCUAUACCGCCUUCAGUCCGCUCCGCGCCUUCCUCUGGGCCGCGUUCCAAGGAACAAUUUACCAGAACAUCCCAAGCCGCGACAACAUAAACCUCAUGAACAAGGCUUGGACCUCUCAAGGACGACCGUUUAGAGGUGUAGCACUGUUCGGGUUCGACGCCACCACCCCGGCACCGCAGUCUUUGACCUGGGCGAUGGUUCCUGAGCGAGAAGGCGCCGCUUUCUCGUCAAGAGUGGAGAGUCUGAGGACAAGCGGGUCAUCCAAGGGUAGUUUCUGGACUCCAAACGAUGCGUGGGCGCGUCUUCGUGAGACUGUCGGGAGUGAGAGCGAAGCCUGGCCCGACCUACUACACAGUAAAGAGUUCGGACAGCAGCAGCGAGACAUUAGCGGCUUCCAGUGCAACCUGUGGAGAACCUGCUGGCUCGAAGGAAAAGCUCUCGAUAUUCUAAACAGCUCUUACAAGUUCACGGUCGCGAUUGAGUUUGUCUACGUCCCCAAGGCUGCUAUGCCAGUCGUGAAGGAACCUAAGAAGAAGGACGAUAAAGACGGAGAUGAAGGAAAGGGAGGCUGGAAGAGUCUCCGACACAAGCUGUCAAAGCUUUCUCUAGGCAAGAACAAGAGAUCUGGAGGACAGGCAUAG